UUCAGACACAGUUUGGAUGGGAAUACAGUUUAAGCAUGGAAUGGAACCAGGGAACUAGAAUCCAACUUUUUCAUUUUCGACAUGAGAAAACAGUCCCAGAGAAGUUGCUCCUUGCCCUGAGUGACAUUGCUAGAGAGCAAACGAGGUAGAAUUCCAACCCAAAUUAUCCCGUUUGUAACGUCAGGAUCCUAUCAAUCACCACUAGUGCCUUCCUCCUCCACAUACUCUGCAUAUUCAUCAAUUUGAAUUAAAAGUGACUAAAAUAUCCAUAUGUUUCACCUACUUAAUCUUUAAGAUUUAUGACCCAAGGAAUAAUAAUAACAGUAAUGAAAAUAAUAAUAGCUAGCAUUUGCAUAGUAACUAUGUAUUCAGACCUUGUUACAAAUAUUGACUCAUAGAGGUUAGUGCUAUUAUUAUGGCUAUUCUACAUUCUGGCAGGAAUAGAUUAAGUGACUAGCCUGGAGUCCCAUAGAAAGUGAACUUGAAACUGAAUUUGAAUUCAGGUCUUCAAGUCUAGUGCCUUCAAGCAUGGCAUUUUAUCCACUCUGUCCCAUAGCUCCCCAAAAAAAAUUCAUGACAGAAAUACAUGUCCAAAAGAAAUCAAAAUGUUUUUUCCAGAAUUCUUUUAGUGUCAGCAAAGUACAGAAAAUAAAGUGAAGUACCAGGCAAGUAAGAAAUGGCUGAAGAACUUCAAUAAUAUGUGAUUGCUUUGGAAUAUUAUUGGAGAGUAAGGACAAACAUUAGGAUUUCAAAGAAGAAUUCAUUAUACAUUAUAUAGAGAGUUUGCAAUUUGGAUGUUGAAGGAGAUCUAGUCUAUAGCAAGAGGCUGCAUUAAUGAGAUCUAUCUGUUUUACCUCCAGCCUAAUGGCUCCAAUGUACCCAUGAGCUCUGGUAAAGUCCUUCCCCCAAUCAUUGCUUUUAUGAGCCUUCUUUCCAAUACAAAUAUUAUCAUGUCUAAAUAAUAUCCCUUUUCCAGAGAAAGGCUUGUCCCCACUGAACACCUUCAUAAGGCUUUUCUCCACUCUUGGGUGGAAAUAGAUAAUAUCUACCUGAAAGUCUUUCCACAAUAAAUACACUGUGAACCCUCUGUCCAGCAAGACUGCAAUUCUCUUUGAAAGUCUUUACCCAUUGAUUACAUUCAGGAUAUUUCUCUCCAGUGGGAAUUCUCUGGAGGCCAAUAAGGAAUGAUCUGUAGCAGAAGCUUUCCCACAUUAAUUGCAUUAAUAAGGCUUCUCUCCAGAACAAAGCUUAUCAUGUAUAAAGAGAUCUGAAAUCCAGACAGCGCCUUCCCAGACUGGUGAAUGCACACAUUUCAUUCCAGUUUGAAUGUAGGUUGGUGGACUGAAAAUGAGUCAUGAGAAGAAGUCAUUCCACAUUGAUCCCAUUCAAAUGUUCUUCCCAGUAUGAACCUGGGAGUUCUACCUAAAUGCCUUCCCACCUUCAGUACAUAUAGAAAACUUUUCUGCAGUAGAACUUUGCUGUUAUCCAGCAAUGUCUGAACUUAGGCUGAAGGCCCUAAGUGGGGGGCUGCUUGUUUGCCUUCCCACUUUCAUUACCUAAAGUUGUCCCGUGUCCUCUGAAUAGUGUCUGAGGCCAUAGAGGCUGCCUGAAUGCCUUCCCACCUUCGUUCCCCAGAGAAGGCACUUCUGCACUCUAACUCUGCUGUCGGCCAGUGCCCUCUGAACUGCAGCUCUGAAGGCCAUUUCCCAUUAUUUCCCAUAUUCCCGUCAAGCAAACCACUUCAUCCGUCCCCCACCUUGAUCAAAGUCCUCCCCCCAGUCCUUUUCUGACACGGAAUUGGGGCUGCACAUUGUCUGACCCCCUUUCCAUCUUUAGCCCGUUCACUCUGAUCCUUGGGAUGUUGCUCUCCCUCGCUCUCAGUCCCAGAGUUCUCCCAUCUUUGCUGUCUGGCUGGGGACUGGCCUGGGGGGCGUGGUCACCCUGAAUAUGAAACCCGGAGGUGUGGUCUCGCUGUUGCCGGUCAGCGCUGGGGGGCGGAGCCUCCCCUUGGCUUGCAUGGGGGGCGGGGCCUCGCCGUCCGCCUACUCCGGGCCACGGGCUGGUUGGGCUGCGGCUGUCCGCCCGGGUAUGGCCGGGGGUCGGAGCCUGGCUGCAGACCCCCUCUGCGGUGCCGCCGGUCCCCUCCGCGGUGCGGCUGCGGCUGGUUCACCUCCCCUCUCUCCCCGCCCAGCAGCGCAGACCCCUCCCGCUGAGCUGACCCAGUUGGUUGCCUGGUCCAUACUGGAUGCUCUAUUCUCCCGUUUCUGGCCUUCACUUUAAAUCCAGGCUGAGUCUGCUGAAACGAAGUUGGCUCAAAGGCCAGCCCCCCCGCCCGGGCAGCAACGGGACGGACGUGUCCCCCUCGGAUCCUUGUUCCUGCCGGGCUCAGGCUGAAGAGGACCCGGAGCCGGCCCCAGCAGGGAGCUUGAGGGCAUGGCCCCCGGAGCCCGCAGAACCCCCUGGCAGGAGUCCCUGACAUUCAAGGAUGUGGCUGUGGACUUCACCCAGGAGGAGUGGAGCCUCUUGGACCAUUCUCAGAAAGAGCUCUACAAGCAAGUCAUGCUGGAAAACUCCCAGAACCUGCUCUUCCUUGGAAUUCCAGUUUUCAAAGAAGAUUUGCUCUCUCAUUCUGAGGACAAGGAUUCAUCAUGGAACUUGGAUCCAAAAGGCCCAAGAAAUUCAUGUCUGGAUGCAGAGACCAAAUUUGAAGUGAAUGAGACUGCUUUAAAGCUGAGCAUUUUUGUGAAAAAAUCUCACCAGGGAAGAUUCCUGAGUGACAGUCCCUGUGACUUUAGUUUGAGAGAAAUCUGUGACUUAGAUAUCAAGAGAGAAAAAAAUCUAAAUAAUUACUGUGAAUUUGAUAAAGACAUAAAAGGUUUCUGGCAACAUUCGGGCUUAAUUCAAUGUAAGAAAAUGUCCUCAGGAAAUGAUUGUUUUCAGAGUAGUGAAGAUAGAGAAUGCUUUAGUAAAAAGGAUGAGCUUAUGCAGUGUUCUGAGAAGCCUCAUGAAAUGAAAAUGUAUCAAGGUAAUCAAUGGGAAAUGGCCUUCAGCUUGAGUUCAGACAUCAUUAGACAUCAGAAAAGUUAUAUUGGAGAAAUGCUUUAUAUAGGAAAUGAAAAUAGGAAGACCUUCAGCCAGAACUCAAAGCUUAUUGACCAUCAAAAAAUUCACACUGCAGGGAAAUCUUAUGAAUGUAAUCUCUGUGGACAGACUUUCACAAAUAGAUCUUGUCUUGGAAUACAUCAGAGAAUCCACAGUGGAGAGAAACCACAUAAAUGUGAUCAAUGUGGAAAGGCUUUUACACAGAAUAGCAAUCUUUUGACACAUCAGAAAAUCCACAGCGGAGAAAAACCUUACGAAUGUAAUCAAUGUGGAAAGACUUUUGUACAGAAAAACAAUCUUUUGACACAUCAGAAAAUCCACACUGGAGAGAAACUUUAUGAAUGUAUUCAAUGUGGAAAGACUUUUAGAACAAAAUCCACUCUGGCUAUUCAUCAAAGGAUCCACACUGGAGAGAAACCGUAUCUAUGUAACCAAUGUGGAAAGACUUUCAGACAGACGUCCACUCUUUACCUUCAUCAGAGAACCCACAGUGGAGAGAAAACUUAUGAUUGUAAUCAAUGUGGAAAGACUUUCACAACAAGAUCCACUCUUUAUUAUCAUCAGAGAAUCCACCCUGGAGAAAAAACUUACGCUUGUAAUCAGUGUGGAAAGACGUUCACAAAAAAGUGCACUCUUGCUGUACAUCAGAAAAUCCACACUGGAGAGAAACCUUUUGAGUGUAAUCAGUGUGGAAAGACUUUAGCAUAUAGGGCCCAUUUUGUUAACCAUCUGAGAAUUCACACUAGAGAGAAACCUUAUAAAUGUAAUCAGUGUGGAAAGACUUUCCGACAGAACUCUGGGCUUGCUGUACAUCAGAGAAUCCACACUGGAGAGAAACCUUAUAUAUGUAAUCAGUGUGGAAAGGCUUUCACCCAAAAUUCCAAUCUUUUCAUGCAUCAGCGAAUCCACACUGGAGUGAAGCCUUAUGAAUGUAAUGUGUGUGGUAAGGUUUUCACCCAGAAUGCCAAUCUUAUAAAACAUGAGAGAACCCAUAAUGGAGAGAAACCUUAUGAAUGUAAUCAGUGUGGAAAGGCUUUCAGUGUGAAAUACAGUCUUCAUGAACAUCAGAGAAUUCAUACUGGAGAGAAACCUUAUAAAUGUAAUCAGUGUGGAAAGACUUUCACAAAAAGGUCCACUCUUGCUAGCCAUUUAAGAAUCCACACUAGAUAAAACUUUAUGAAUGCCGUCAAUGUGGAAAGACUUUCCGACCAAAGUCCCCUCCUUGUAUACAUCAGAGAAUCCACAUUGACUGGAAAUUUAUGAUUAUGAUCAGUGUGGAAAGUCUUAUAUCCAAAAAAUGUACUCUUCCUAUACAUCAGAGAAUCCACACUAGGAAAAAAAACUUUUUGAAUGUAAUCAAUGGAUAAGCUUUCCAAAAAUAACUUCAGUCUUGUUGUAUGUCAGAGGUAUCACUUUGGAGAGAAAUCUUAGAAAUUUAAUCAGUUGGGUAAAGCCUUCAAGGAGCAAACAUCCCUUAUUUUCCCAUCAGAGAAUUCUUAAUAGAUAGAAAUAUCACUGUAAUGAAUGAGGAAGGGCAUUCACAUAGAGUACAGAGCUUGUUCAACAACAACUUGUUCUGGGUAAAUGGGUUAUAUGGACUCAAUAUAGGAAGGCCUUUAAUUAGAGAUAUCUCUUUACAUCAACAAGAUUCCUAGUGGAGUGAAGCCUUAAGAAUUAGCUCAAGGGGGAUAUGUAUUUCUCCAGUAAAUGGAGAUUACUAGACAUCAGGAUGUCCAUGUGGGAAAAAAAGGCUUUUAAAAUAAAUGCCUUUUGUCAUUGUCAAAGUCUUUAUGUAGAGCUCAUACAUUUGAGAAAUCAUGCUGGAAAUAAAACUUAAGGGGUCAACGUAAUGCGGAAUGGUCCCUCGCUGCAAUAUAGUCUUUGGUACACAUCCCAGAUUUCAUACUGUUCAAAAAGUGCUUAUAAAUACAAUAAAUGUUUCUUUGUAA